AUGGAAAAUGCAGAAGUUGUGAAUCGAAUUAUGGAAGAAAUGAAAAAUGGGGGAAUUGAGGAUUUCAAUUUAGAAGAUCCAUUUGAUGAUCCAACUCUUGUGACUACUGUAGGUUUUCUAGAAUUUGACCAAAACGAUGUUUUUUUUUGAAAAAAGGCAUUUCUUGACAUCGCGUGGCAAGAUGAACAUGGUAAUACUGCUUUGAUGAUUGCGGCUGCAGAAAAUCGAAUUCUUCAAGUCAAAGGAAUUUUAACAAUGGCUAUUAAAAGCGGAAAAUUUUGGACGGUGAGAUGACUUUUUUAAAGGCAGUUAAAUUAAUUUUUUUCGGGUUUCCGCUUAGUUUUGAAACUCUCUGUUGAUAUUUGCAUUUCCAUUUGAAAAAAAUGUGUGAUCUACAGGGAACUAAAAAUAAAAAAUUCUUAUUCCCCAAACACCGUGGCUUAAAAAUGCACAGAAAUUUAAUCAGCAAAGUUUUUAAUCAGCAAAGUUGCUCUAUUGAACUUUUGAAUUUUCCCUGGGAAAUUAUGUGAAAUCCUUUAAAUCCCCCUGUCUUCUUUCAAAAUUCAAUAAAUAUCUUCAGAUUGUUGAUAUGCGAAACAACGAAGGUUUGAAUUCAGUUCAAAUGGCGGUUCGAGCAAAUAGUGAAACAUGUGCAAUGUUGAUCACAAAAGUUAUGAGGGAAUAUGGAAAAUUGAAGGUUUUAGUUUUUUUUUGCUUUUCUGCAAAAAUUUUUUCCUCGAAAGCAAUUAGAUUUGCUUGCGCAGCUUUUAAAAAAACAUAUAAUUGAUGAUUGCAUAACUUUUUUAGCCUCGCCCACGUUCUCGCGAAGAAUUAAAUCACGAAGAAGAUAUAACUUUUGAGAUGGGAACCGAAUUCGAUAAAGAAGUUGAUAAAUUUGGAGUUCGAGAUGUUAUUAAACAAAAAUCGACGGAUUCGAUGGUUAAUUUGGGGCCGCCGAAAAGAUUGAAUCGGGAGAAAUUGUCGAAUAAUUUGAAAAAUAUACAGAAAGGCCAUGAAUAUUUACAAAUGGUUAAGAGAUCCAGGUUUGUGAAAUUUUCCAAAGUUUUUGAAUCCAGAAUCGGUUUAGUCAAUGUAUAUGUUCAAUAAAUUUCAAAUUCAAAAUCCCAUAAUUAUUACGAAAACUUGUACUUUUUCGAAAUUCUUCAUGAUUCAAACAGUGAUUUUCUGAAUUGCGUGGUUUUAUUUGAUGACAGCAAAGGGCAUUUUUUAUAAUUAAUUUAAUCAAAAAAUGCAUCUCCUAAGCAACCAUUUACUAUUUUCGUUAGUUCAUUUUCACGACGUCGAUCAACUAAUUAGUAUUUAUAUCUAUCUAGACACAUAUUUUCUAUUUUUCCCUUCUCGCUUUCUGAAUAUCUUUUAUUCCCAUUUUAUUUUCAGAUCUGCGCAUUCUCGUUUGAUGUCUCAACGUACUUUCUCAGUCGAAUCAACAUCGAUCGAGGGAUCUGAUCCAGGAACACCUUCGAUUCCGAUUCCUCCACAAGAUCAUGGUGUUUUUUCAACAAUGGGCGAGAAAAUUCGCAAUAUUUUCUCUCGAAAACCUCCAAUGCAUUCGAAUUCUUUGAAUUCAAAUUCUUCAAUCACUGAUCGACUUCCAUCCGCUUCGGGAAAUCGAACAUCUUCAAGUGCUGAUAAGCAUUCUUCGUAUCAUGAUUCGAGAUCAUCAGCUGAAGAUGUAAGAUUUUUUGUAACUAGUGAAUUUCACAAUUCAUCUAAUUCAUUUUUGCAGAACAAUAUUCGUCUUCCCCAACAAUCAUCUGAUAUCGACGAUAAUUCGACAUCUGCUCGUAUUUUCCCAUGGGCUUCAUCCUCUUCAUUAUCUCAUUCGUCAUCUUCCGGAGCACCAAAAACUCAAGGAAUGAUGCAAACACCAAAUGGUGUUCGUUUGCCUCCUUUGAGUAUGAGAAGAAGAGCAAGUAGUGAUCCGAAAAAUCGCGAUUUUCAUUCUCUGGGAUUCGAUGACAAUUGA